UCAUCUUCUUCUAUCCGAAGCCCAGCGGAGUUGAGGAGAUAGACAAGAGAGAAAGGUUUAGCCAUGGCAACCAGAGCUUUGCUCGCCGUUAUAUCUGCGUCUCCGAAUCGCCGCUUCAUCUCAUCGAGCAGUAUCAGAAUCCAAUCUUCGCUUUCUUCUUUUUCAAGACUCAAUUUCCAAAGACACAGUAGAAAAAUCCAUAGAACAGCUGGAAGUUACUCGUCUGACAAGGAGUCCUCCGUUCUUCCGCCGCCGGACGUCUCCCGACUAGCAGAGACAGCUCGAAUCUCUCUAACUCCGGGCGAGAUAGAGGAAUGUGAAACUAAAAUUCGUCGAGUCAUCGACUGGUUCGGCCAGCUUCAACAAGUUGAUGUUAACAGUGUGGAACCAGCGAUCAGAGCCGAUAUGGAUGGUGGAAAUUUGCGAGAUGAUUCUCCUGAAACAUUUGAGAACAGGGACAGUAUAAGAGCUUCCAUUCCAAGCUUUGAGGAAGCUUAUUUAAAAGUCCCUAAAAUACUUAACAAAGAGUGACAUUUCAGGUGCUCUACUCUCAUUUCGGAGCUUCUUCUUGGAGUUGUUUGGCUGGAGAGAUCCAUUGUCAGAUCCAGUUCUUGUUGAGAACAAAAUGGCUUCACAAUUGUUAAGGCACGUAAGGCUAUUGCUCUACAACAUUUUGUUCACGACUCACCACAACUUAUAUGCCAUGUAGAACUAAACUCAAAUCAAUUUUUCUUUUUGAUCCCGGGCUAUUUUGAAUCCUGUGCGUUUUGUGCCCGAUCGGUUAUGAAAUCGAACUGAACUAUUGCUCUACAACAUUCAUGUUCGUUUCCUACUUUCAAAAGCGUUUUGUAUUAUGUGGAUGUAGAAGAAGA